CCUCCUGGAUUGUUGUUCUUCGGUGGUGCGUUCAGGGCCCCGGAACCAUGGAGCUGUCGGAUAUCUCUUUCCCCAUCCCGGCCGCGGAUGACUUCUACGACGACCCGUGCUUCAACACCAGCGACAUGCACUUCUUCGAGGACCUGGACCCGCGGCUGGUGCACGUGGGCCUGCUGAAGCCGGACGACUCCUCCUCCUCGCCCUCGCCCUCCCCCUCCCCUUCCUCCACCUCCUCCUCGUCCUCCCUCGCGCACCACCACCACCACCACCACCGCGCCGAGGCGGAGGACGACGAGCACGUGCGCGCGCCCAGCGGGCACCACCAGGCCGGCCGCUGCCUGCUGUGGGCCUGCAAGGCCUGCAAGAGGAAGACCACCAACGCGGACCGGCGCAAGGCGGCCACGCUGCGCGAGCGCCGGCGGCUCAGCAAGGUGAACGACGCGUUCGAGAGCCUGAAGCGCUGCACGUCGGCCAACCCCAACCAGCGGCUGCCCAAGGUGGAGAUCCUGCGCAACGCCAUCAGCUACAUCGAGUCCCUGCAGGCGCUGCUGCGCGGCGGCGGCGGCCCGGACGACGGCUUCUACCCGGCGCUGGAGCGCUACAGCGGGGACUCGGACGCCUCCAGCCCGCGGUCCAACUGCUCCGACGGCAUGACGGAUUUCAACACCCCGACCUGUCAAUCAAACCGCAGAGGAAGUUAUGACAGCUCUUAUUUCUCCGAGACUCCAAAUGGCGGUCUGAAGAGCAGCCGGAGCUCGGUGGUCUCCAGUCUGGACUGCCUGUCCAGCAUCGUGGAGCGGAUCUCCACAGACCACAGCAGCCUGCUGCCUCCUCCUCCUCCUCCUCCUCCUCCUCUUGCCUCCGCCGGCCCCGGGCUCUCGCUGCCGGCCCCCGUCGCCGAGGCCCCGGGGCCCCCCCACGCCCCCCCACCGACCGCCAGCCAGGACCCCAACCUGAUCUACCAGGUCCUCUAG